CAUUUCCAUGCCGUCCAAGAAGUUUCUCGCUGCAAUCCGCGCGAGUCAUCGUCAUUGUCGUUUGGAUUUAUGGUGUUUAUGAGUGAAAAGAAAAUUUGUGCUUUUUGUGCCAAUUAGUGCUACCAUCGGGGUCAAAAGGACGGGGAGUUUCCGGAUGGAUCCGCUGCCGAAGAGUUUUCUCCGUACGAUGUGACGGAGGUGUGUUGUGCAAAGAUUUUGCAGGAUUUCGUCAUUCCGGAUUUACCGUCCGCAGCAAAAGAAAGAUGGUCGACAAGAAUUGAAACGCAUAUUCACCUAUUUCGUGUCAUCGCGAACCGUGUUUUUUGAUCAUUGCGGAUCCUCGUGCCGUUUGUUAGGAAAAAGAUUUUCCAGUAUUUUACGGUGAUUGCCAGCGAAAAUAAGCAUGACUCAUACGAAAAGUUGAUUGGUAAUGGCUUAGAAUGUGUGAUUAUCGGGAAGGAUCUCGCACCAAUACGGUUUAGUUUAUUAUAAACCUUUCACUUGGAGCGAAAUUAAAUCAAACUGAUUAAAAGUCAUUUUGUGCAAUGUGAAAAAUAUGUCCUUCAAAAUUUUCGAACAGCUAAACUCGUGGCCAAUUAAAAUUUUCACUCGUGUCACUUUUCUCUUUCGCUAAAAAAAAUACUUUGCCUCUUUGCUACUAAAUGUGCGAGAGAGUGGUGAGAAAAAGGAGAGAAGAAAUAUCAAAAUAAAGUAAAAUCAAAACACCUUCCAACGGAAUAACCGUCUUUGAACGGUGAAUACAGAGGGGGGCAAAAGAAACGACAUCAAAUUUCGUCAUAACGGCCGAACGGCGACAGAAAUAAUCUGUCCUGCGGAAGUAAGGUCAUCUGACCUGUGAACCGGUUUUUGAGAAGUGUUAGUGAACUGUGGUGAAGUUGGUCAAAAUGUGGAGCCCCUCGUACGAAAUCAUCGUGGAAACGCUAACCGGAUCGGAAUUCGAGGUCACCGUUAGCGACCGGGACACUGUCGGUUACAUCAAGUCGAAGAUCCAGAAAUAUGAAGGCAUCCCGGUCAAUCAGCAACACCUGCUAUACAACCACAAGGAGUUGAACGACGCCAUGGAGCUGAAGGACAUUCCCCUAGUGAACGGUUCCCGGUUGAAGCUGGUGCUAGGCAUGAAGGGUGGUCCGAUAUCCUCCAAACGGGUCGUCACUAUUUCCGACUACGAAAAUUGGUUCGACAUGAGCGACGUUCUGGCAAGGCAAGAUGCCGCUAGCUUAAAAGCACCUGGUCUGAAGUUACUGGUCAACAAGAAAAACAUUCACCGUUUGAUGAAGGUUCGUGCCGAAAAAGCUUCCGACAAUGUCAAAGGAACGGUGUCGCGAACCGUCGGCAACCAAAGCGAAGGAGACGUCGAUAGUGAAGAGGUUAAGCGGGAAACUCAGAAGGAGCGCGAUGACAAAGUUACUGCUGAGAAACUAACUCAAAUCAAGACAAAACUGAACAUGAAGAAAAAACGACUGAGCGGCACGAGUUAUCCGACUCCACCGGAAUCCAUAAUAAAGGAAGAGCGAGCUCCCAUUCUACGUCCCACCUAUUCGGCUGGUCCGGUAGGUUCGGCGGUUCCCCAUCUUUCCCGGCCUGUAUCUCAAACGACCAAUUUGGCAUCAUCCCGAAGAGAAACACUGCUACCACAUAUCACCUCCUACCAUCAUAACAUGCACAAUGCCGUCUCACAUCAGACAGAACUGGACCGUCACUCACAAAUCCGUGAAAAUCUACAGCGAAAUCGUUCCUUCAAAACCAUCAGUGCUAAAAAUCUAAACGUAUCCGCCCACGAUAUGACUGUCCACGAUUCGAGCAGGCUCGAAAGAUCGCUUUCGUUUCACAGUAACGGAAUUCUCAACCGGAUGGAUUCAGAUCCCACGGGCUGCAGUCGCAGUGCGUACAGCCAAUCACAGCAUCAGCUAUCGUCGGCUUCGUUGCAUGACAUCAUUGAGCUUCUGAAGUAUAAUCCAUCCAAGCUUCGAACAAUUUCGCACGAUGCUCUGAACAAGAUGAUAUCGAAGAAAACUCAACACCACGCAUCGGCCAAACUCUUGGACAACAGCUCGCUCAAAAACAUUGACGAGUUUCUUCGGGAUUAUGACAUAACAAUGGCCAAUCAUCGGAUGAAAACGGCAUCGGCUGCGACCACAAUGGCCGGAGAAUGUUCGAACCUGUUGACUGAGGGUGUGUUCAACAAAGAGACAGGCUUUGGUCCGGCAGAACUAGCAUUCGAUAAGAGCACCACCAGCACGGCAGGGCGUGAUAAAACGUUCCGAACACUGUAUAAAUCUACGUCCGAUGAUAAUACUUCUUACGAGCUACCGAAACUGUUGAUUCGUGAGGAUUCCCCGGUAGAAUCAUUUCAUAGUUCCUACCCGCAGCUGGAGACUGUCGCUUUGCGCGGUGAGUCACCGAAGAACUUCAACUCGAUUGCUAAGUUGCAGAACGCCGACAACGCGGAGAUUCCGGAAGCACCGGCCGCACUAGCCCCGGGUGGCCUAACGAAAACGAACAGCGAACAGACAAAGUUGGCAUCAAGUUCCUUAUUGCAGCUGUACGAACAUCCACCGUCAGCGACUGCAACGACGGCUGGUACGGCAGCAGCUUCCAUUGGCAGCAUAGGAAGCGGAGCCUCGAAUGGUGGUACCUGGGCUCCUCACUACGGUGGUGUCGGACAUCAUCACCAUCACCACUCCGAUCUUGGUAUCAACGAGCUGGAGCUGAAGUUCAUCAACAACGGACUGAUGGAGAAGGGCAACAGUAGUGGUUCCGUGUUCAAACUGCCGGCGGUUUCGAACUUGGAAAUCAAUCACUGGAAUGCCAUGUCCAACGAUUCGGUAAAUAACUAUGCUCGAUCUGGGGAUGACAAAGAAAAAGAAGAAGAAGAGCAGGUCUCCAAUUCUCGCACAUCCAAUGGGUUUAUCCAUAGCAAUUUGUCGAUUUCCUCGGACGAGGACGACUUGUUUAGCAUAUCGGAUCUGAUCUACAAAAAUCAGGCCAAUAAGUCGAAGUCCAUUGAUUUGAAUGAAUUUCGCAAAACAUUCGGUAGUAGUCCCACACUGCUGAACAAUUUUGGAGGGACCAAUUGCAAUUUAGUGCCGCAAUUGUCACGGUUGGAUGCCAUACCUUCGCAGUACCGAAGGGGUUAUACCAAUCUCAACGAUGCGGGUCUGUCUAGCUCGACUUCCGAGCUUGAGUGUGUAAACGCUACCACCAAAAAGAAGACUGGAAGUGGUGAAAAUGGAGAGUUGUCACCACUGCUAAAACAUAGAAACAAUGACCACGUUGCGUACGUUAGAAGUUACGAAAACUUAAACCGCUACAAAGGGUUUUCAAUGAAGAAUGGAGAUUCAGGUGAUAUUUUACGGUGUCAACAGGGUGCAGGGCAACUCUUGCCUGGUAUUAGUAAUUUAGAUAGUAUCGCUGAUUCUGAUUUGAACAGUAGCAGUGAGAACGGUUCGAAUCUGAUUGACGACAGUUUCACUGGUUUCGAGUAUAGGUUUUCAAGACUAAGUUGCUCCGGCGGUAAUAUUCAACAUAGUGCGGGUUGUAAUAGUAGUAAUGUUACCAGUAACAACACUCAAACUAGCAGUAAUAGUAGUAGUAGUAGUAGUAGUAGCAGUAGUAGUAGUAGCGGUAGUAGUCAGCACAAUAGCAGUUGUCAUAGUGGUAGCGGGGUUAGUAAUCAAAGGAUACCAUCCUUAAACGAUCUGUUACUGCACGGCCAUCCUGCAUUCAAUAAUACCUCUUCGCCAUACAACAACAGUUCACACCCUAGUGCUAACUACUACUUUCCAUCGGACGAAAGUUUGUUCAAUAUAGACUCCUUUUUUGAUGAUUUUGUCGAAAUCGAUACCAGUGAUAUUUUCGAUAGUGCAGAAUACAUCAACAUCGGAGGUAGUCGCAAUUCAAACUCUUCCACUUCGAAAAUCCUACCGAAAUCAAACAACUCUAGCCUGUUGUUGCCGGAAAUAAUUCAACAGGAUGAACUGCUCUUGAAAACUCAGUCCAGUUUCCCGGAAGCCGAUGAUUUGCUCAUGGAUGGGGUACCAAUCCGUCAAAUCGACGGUGGGGGGGAUUCUUCCCUCGGUGGCGGUGUGGAGACGGAGCUACCACCGCUCAUUCGGCUUUCCGUUCCUGAGCAACCAACCACCAUCCAUCAUUCGGUCGAACCACUCAAAUCGAAGAAACUGCGCUGUGCCCAGUGCAAUAAAAAGCUGGGUGUCAUUAUGAUUAUGAAGUGUCAUUGUGAGAAAAUUUUCUGUGCCCAGCACCGUUACGCCGAGGCACACAACUGUUCCUAUGAUUUCAAACUGGAGGGUAAGAAAAUACUAGAGCGCGAAAAUCCAAUGGUGGUAGCCCAUAAAUUACCCAAAAUUUGAAUUAUCGUCGAAAAAAAAUUAGAAGGACAGUUUCUUUCGGGAACGGAGAAAUGAAAGUUUAGUUUGGAAUUUUUACAGCCUGAUUUAGACAGUAUACAUUGAUGGAAGUCAAAUGUAGUGUAAAUAUAAUCAUUUUUUUCCUGUAGUUGAUUUUGUUUCUUAUUAUCAUAGUAUCUAUACAUAUAAUGGCGUUGCUAGUAAAGUGAUUGUGUGGCGUAUUUAAGUUCCACAGUCUAGUAACACCUUGAGCAGUUCCACGUAAUGGUCGAAUCAGUUAUAGUUUUAAUUCUGUCAUUAUUGAAAAAUUUAGACUUUACGCACCACACAUUUCACUACAGCAACUAGGUACUCAUAGGAAUGGUUUCGCCUUAUAUCGCUAGAGUGCUAUCAGCUGAGAAUAGAAAUAGAAGGACAUCAUUCUAUAAUAUAUUGAUGCUCGUUUGUAAGAAUUGAAUCGGAACAGUUACUAAAUGAUAAAGACAGUUGAAAUAAAACCGAGGAAAAAAAGUUUAGCUAGAUAUUCUAUAAAUUUCAUGAAUCCCAUAUUUAAUGUUGACAACAACGUAAAAAUUGAAUUGAGGACAUCAUUCACCAGAAGAUCAGUGCGCUUCAGUGCGAGGAUGAAAAAAAAACAACACAAACCAAAGCUUGAUUUACAAAAUCAAAUAGACACACAAACACUGAACUACAUCGGAAUGUGAACUAGUAGACAGCCUGUCCAGAAACAGUACUAAUUACCACACAGCCCUCAACAUCGGUACGUAAUACAAAUUCUAAGGGGCAAGCUGGUACAGAGAAGGAAAUAUUUUUAUACUUGCGCAGAUUGUUUUCCCUUUAUUUAUAUUUCUAAUGGUGGAUUUUCAAGUAGUUUCCUAUUACCAAUAUAACCCACAUAGUGAGUAUACUAGCAGUAACGUAAACAAUGAUUAUAAUGCAUGUAAUAGUACCGAUUGUAACCUGGAGUAACGAUAAUCCUAUUACACAAUUACCAUUUAAUCAAAUACCACUGGUAAACACGCUACUAGUGUCGCAUAUAUAUGGCGUAAGUUCAGAGCUAAUAGACGUUUAUUCUUUGCAAACAUAAUAAUUUAUUACUUAUUAAAAAUCGUAAAAAAUAAAAAUCCAAUAAAAAAAAUUCGGGGAAACUCACAAGUAACCAGAUU